AUGAACAAUAAAUCAUACUCAAUAUUAACUAAAGAGAUUGUAAAUAAUUCUGAAGUACCAGAAACUUUUUUUUGCCUAGUUUGCAAUGUACAUAUGAAUAGAAUAUAUGGAUUUCAACCACUAUUAUACCACUAUAUUCACCAACAACAUAAAUCAUUUUCAUCAGAUGGGAUUGAAGAAUGGUGGAGUCUUAUGGAUCAAUUACAAACUCUUCGUACCAACUCACAUAAAGUAAAGGACCAUAGCUCAGAAAUACUGCUAAAAUUAAAUCCUUAUAUGAUUUUGGAUACUGAUCCUAUAUUGGAUAAUUUAAACUACUUAAAUACAUUAUCCAGAUCUCAUCAUUCAUUAGAAACCAUACCGGAAAAUUAUUUUUGCCCCUCAUGCAAUGUACAUAUGAAUAUAAUAAAAAUAUCUCAACCACUUGAUCCCCAUCAACAAUAUAAUGUAUUUUCAUUAGAUGGGAUUAAAGAACAGUGGUAUCCUAUAGAUCGUUUACAAACUUUCUGUACCAACUUAUAUCAAACAGUGGAUCAUAGUUCAGAAAGACUUCUACAAUUAAGUCCCUGUCCAGUUUUGAAUACUGAUCCUACAUUGGACAAUUUAAACUACUCAAAUGCAUCAUCCAGACCUCUUAAUUCAUUAGGAAGUAAUAAGAAAGAUUAUACAACACAAUCUAUAUAUGAAAUAGAACAUAAUGAUAGACACAAUGAUAUUUUUCAAUAUCAUAGUAAUUCAAGACAAUGGGGAGAAAAUGAGAACUGUGUAAAUCAAGAGGAGUUCAAAAGUAUUGAUCAAUUUAAUUAUACAUCAAUUAAAAAUAAUAAUAUGCACAUAAGACAAUCUCCUGUUCAUUGCCAGCUUAAUAUAUUACCAAUAGUUCUUCCUAAGCAUCUUAUUUCUAUAAAUUGUAUGAAGAACAUAGGAUGCUCAUCUUUAACCUCAAAUAAUCAUUUGAAUAAUAAUUCAAAUCUAAAGAAUAAAGAUCUCAUAAACAUUCCAAAUCAGAAAAUGCUUGUCAACCAUGUGCGAUUAGAUACACUUAUGCCUAUAGAAUCAAAAGAAACUUUUAAAUCAAUAAAAAAUAUUGAAGGCAUUCCUAAGGCGAAUGCAUUAUUACUGAUUACUAAGGAAGACAAAACAAUUCCAAUUCUAGAACUAAUACUUAAAAGUGAAAAAUCAAAAUCAAAAUUAUCUGACAAAAAUAAUAAAACUCCUAAAAAUAAAAGGAGAACUGAUAAUUUAAACAACACAUCUAUGUUUCCUGCUAACUCAUUGAAAACACACAUAGACUUCACAUCAAUCACAUCUGAAAAUGCUCAAAAAAUCUUACAAUGUCAAAUAGUGAAAACUCUUAACAAGAGUAUACAACAAGAUUUUAUGACUGAUGAACAAAAUAAAUUAGCUUUUGACAGUUUAUUUUCAGGUACUCAAAAACAAACAGAUCAUUUUGAAUAUCAUUCAGCCCUAAGACCUAGUUUAUUUUCUAAUAUGCCACCAUACAUAAGAUUUUCUUCAUACAAUAUUAAAGGUGAAACAUUUCCAUUACCUUUGCAAAAGUUAUUAAAAUGGAAACUAAGUACCAUAACUCCAAUUGUUGUACGCCAAACUAUUCAAAAUAGUGGUUUUAAACUAGUUAAAAAAUCUAAUGAUUGGGUUGGAACUUGGGGUAAACAUAUGAAAUCAUUAUGUUUCAAAACACUUUGGCAACAGCAAAAACUUAACCAUUUUCCUGGUACUUUUCAAAUUGGUCGCAAAGAUAGGUUGUGGAAAAACUUGAAUAUAUUAUUGAUGAAAUAUGGUAAUGAACAUUUUGGCUUUAUACCCACAUCAUAUAUAUUACCUCAAGAAGCUAAAAUUUUAAGACAAGUUUGGGAGAAAAAUGAUGAAGAUAAAUGGAUUGUUAAACCACCAGCAUCUGCUAGAGGAACUGGAAUUCGUGUUAUAUCAAAGUGGGAUCAAAUACCAAAGAAAAUACCUGUAGUUGUUCAAAGGUACAUAGAUAAUCCAUAUUUAAUCAAUGAUACCAAAUUUGAUUUAAGACUUUACAUACUCAUUACUUCAAUAAAUCCACUUCGUAUAUAUCUUUAUGAUAAUGGUCUUGUACGAUUUGCUUCAGUUAAGUAUUCAUCUGAUCUUACCACUAUAUGUGAUCGAUAUAUGCAUUUGACAAACUACAGUAUUAACAGACUUAGUAGUCAGUUUACUGAAAAUGAAGAUGCGGAUGCAUGUCAAGGUCAUAAAUGGUCAUUACGAUCAUUAUGGACGUAUAUGGAGAAAGAACGCAAGAUUGACGUAAAAAAAUUGUGGGCAAGCUUAGAAGAUCUAGUUGUAAAAACUGUCAUUAGUGGUGAAUCAUCUAUAAGUCAAAUGUGUAGUUCAAAUCUGAGCAAUAGAUAUAACGCAUACGAGUUAUUUGGAAUAGAUGUCUUGUUUGAUGAAUAUCUUAAACCUUGGAUAUUAGAGGUAAAUAUAUCUCCUUCAUUACAUUCAUCUUCUCCUCUUGACUUGGCUGUCAAAGGACCAUUAGUCAAAGACCUAAUGAAUAUGGUUGGUUAUCAUAUCCCAAACAAAAUGUCUCGUAGUACACAUAAUACUUUACUCAAAAUGUUAGGAGUCAAAUCACCACUAUGUUAUGAUAAAAGAUUAUAUACAUUCAAUUUAUCUGCUAGAGAAAAAGAAAAACAAGAAUAUUAUAAAAAUGUUGAAUCCAGAAUAGAAUAUGUUGAUAGCAUAUUAAAUGAUCUAUUACCAGAUGAUAUUCGGCAUCUUAUUGUAUAUGAAGAUGAACUUACACAAAUUGGAUCAUUUCAAAAAGUAUUUCCAACCACCACAUCUUUUAAAUAUCAUCAAUACUUUGAUGGCUCCAGAUAUUACAAUAUGCUUUUUGAUGCAUGGGAAUGCAAAUAUAGUAACAACAGAGGAGAAGGUAUUGCUGUGCUAGAAAAGUUUUGUCAAUUAAAAUUUCACUUGGAAGUGCCAGAUAUUAACGAAGAACAAUCAAAAGUAACAUAUUAA